GAAGAAAGGGGGAGCGGUGUGAGAACACAGCAAGAGUCCAUCUCUUCUUCUAUCAGCUAUGGCAUACGCUCUUUUAGCAGUCUUAUCUGCUGCUAUCAGUGUAACUUACUGCUACGCCGCUGCUUUUCAAGACCUGGGGGGGAAUGGCAGAAACAGGACAUCCAUUAAGUUUCUGGCUGUAGGGGACUGGGGUGGAUUGCCUUACCCGCCGUAUAUCACGGCUGUACAGAAGACCACAGCUCAGGAAAUGAGCAAAGUUGCAGAGCGGAUGGGAGCUGAUUUUGUCCUGGCUCUCGGUGAUAACUUCUACUUCAAAGGCGUAGACAGUGUGGAUUCCCCUCGGUUUCAGGAAACCUUUGAGUCUGUCUACACUGCAAAGUCCCUCAGGGUCCCUUGGUAUGUUCUGGCCGGUAACCAUGACCAUGCAGGGAACGUCAAAGCUCAGAUCGAGUACUCUCAAAGGUCUGACAGAUGGAAGUUUCCUUCUUAUUACUACGAGCUGAACUUCCGCAUCCCCAACACAGGAAAGACCCUGACUAUCAUCAUGCUCGACACCGUGAUGCUUUGUGGAAACUCGGAUGACUUCAUGGAUGAGAAGCCCAGAGGGCCGCUGAAUUCAAUGGAUGCCAACCGUCAGCUGGUCUGGCUGCAGGAGAGGCUUGCUCGGUCCAAGGCGGACUUCCUGUUGGUGGCGGGUCACUAUCCAGUUUGGUCCGUGUCUGAGCACGGCCCCACGGAGUGUCUACUGCAGAGGGUUCACCCUCUUCUUAUUAAGCACAAUGUGACGGCCUACCUGUGUGGCCAUGACCACAACCUGCAGUACCUGGAAGAGUCUGGUGUGGGUUACGUAGUGAGCGGCGCUGGAAACUUCUUGGAUCCAGACGUCCGCCACUGGAACCACGUCCCAAAGGGCUCUCUGAAGUUUUUCACUGGUCAGGCCUCGACUCUUGGGGGCUUUGUUCAUGCAGAGGUCACAAAGAGCAAGCUGAUCCUAACCUUCUUCCAGGCUAAAGGCACAUCUCUGUACCGUACUGUCCUUUCCCAGAGGGAGUUCAAAUAGGUGUUCAGCCGAGAUUAUCGUUUAUCCUGAGGAUUCAUCUACAGUAUCAAAUCAGAGAAGGUUGAUCCUACUUUUAACUUUUCCUCGAAAUUUUCAGUGCUUUAAUUUUUUUAAAAGAAAUCAAUGUUUUAUCUGAAUUUGUUGUAAGCUAAAAUAAAUUUGUUUUGUACAGUG